ACCGACUUUGGCACAAUGACGACACGUUUUUGUAUUGUACUGCUACUUUUACAAGCUACUAUCAUCAAAUGCUUUGCAGAAUUUAAUUUUAUUGAAAGUAUCAAAGCAAACGUUACAACAAGCCAGUCCAGUAUAUUUUCUCCAGAUUCAAAUUACAACUCUAGUAAAGCAAUAGACGGGGUUCAGAAUUAUUUAAUAGAUAAAUGUAAAUGCUGUAGCGUGACAAACGGAACCUCUCCCUCAUGGUGGAAAAUUGAUCUUGGAAAGAAAUACCUGUUAGGUGGUUUACAAAUAUUUGGACGUGCUGCAAAUGAAAACUCGCAAUUGGAACACGCUGAAGUUUAUGCUAGCAACGUGUCAGUGAAGCCAGGAAUAGAUUCAGAUAAAAUGAAAGUUUACGACGUUCCAUCGAUGAAUGUUACUACACGGAAUUUUACAAAAAAAUUAGACAUAAUUAUCGCACAGUACUUCAUAGUGGAAUUGAACAAGAGCGUGUUGACUUUGUGUGAAUUCAAGCUAAAUGAGAAAGGGUGUAAAGUCGGUUACUUUGGAUCGGGAUGUUUGCAUAGUUGUCACUGUUCAGACAAUAACAUAUGUGAUCAAGUAACAGGGAAAUGUCAGACACCUGGUUGCCUGGCAGGCUGGAAAGGCGAGGCAUGUGAGGAUGCAUGUUAUCAUCGAAAAUUCGGUAUUGGAUGUAACAAAAUGUGUCAUUGUAAAGACAACACAAGUUGUGAUCAUAUAAGCGGACAUUGUAAUACAGGAUUGUGUGAUCCGGGCUGGUUAUUACCUACAUGUAGCCAAGCAUGUGGCCAUCGCAGAUUCGGACAGAAUUGUACUUCGGUUUGUCAUUGUUUAAAUAAUGCAAGUUGUAAUACAAUAUCUGGAGAAUGUCACAAUGGUAUAUGUGAUCCUGGAUGGCAGGCUCCUAGUUGUGAUAAAGGCUGUGGGCAUCGAAGAUUUGGGCAGAAUUGUACUUCGGUUUGUCAUUGUUUCAGCAAUGCCAGUUGCAAUAAAAUAUCCGGAGAAUGUCACAAUGGUAUAUGUGAUCGUGGAUGGCAGACGCCAAGUUGUGAUGAAGCAUGUGGUCUUCACACAUUUGGUUUAAAUUGUACAACGACAUGUCAUUGCCUUAAUAAUACAAAUUGCAACAGUACAACUGGGGAAUGUGGUAUCGGUAUGUGUGACCCUGGUUGGCAAGGAUCUAGCUGUGAUAAAGCCUGUGAUCACAGGUCAUUUGGCCUUAAUUGUUCAUCGACUUGCCACUGUCUGAAUAAUACUGCUUGCAAUGGUACCACGGGAAAUUGUGUUCUUCCUUUAUGUGACUCUGGUUGGCAAGGUUCUAGAUGUGAUCAAGAAUGCGAUCAUCGUACAUUUGGGUAUAAUUGUUCAUCUACUUGUCACUGUCUUAAGAAUACAAAUUGCCACAGUACAACUGGUACCUGUAAUACUGGAUUAUGUGACCCUGGUUGGCAAGGACAGAGAUGUGAUCAAGUUUGUGAUCACAGAUCGUUUGGCUUCAAUUGUUCAUCGACUUGCCAUUGCCUGAAAAAUACUACUUGCAGUGGUACAACUGGAAAUUGCGUUAUCUCUUUAUGUGACUCUGGUUGGCAAGGUCCUAGAUGUGAUCAAG